AUGUCGGACUCAAAAAAGCCAUCCAUUCCCUCUUGGCAGCGACAGUCUAGUUCGUCCGGCGAUCAACCUCUAUCACAAGUACCCUCCCCAUCGCCGAGCUCCGACGAUGCGCCCGCAUCCACCUCAAGAGAAGACCUGGUCAAUCAAGCAGCCCGAUUUCUAGAGGAUGAAUCGAUCCGCGAAUCCUCCACAGACCGAAAAGUAGCCUUCCUCGAAUCGAAGGGGCUCAAUCCUGACGAAAUCCAAAAACUCCUCGGCGUCUCCCGAAACCUGGAGGCGACCAGCAACAACGCAAGCGCAACCGAGGACAACGCACAGGAAACGCCUCAGACCUCCUCUGCUAGUGAAACGGAAGUCACACCUUCCUCUGUCACAGCGCAAUCUUCAUCUCCCUCAUCGCCACCUACCACAAUGUCUCAACAGCAUCCACCAUCCGCCACCUCCCCAAUCGCAAAGCGCGACGAGCCUCCAAUCAUCACCUACCCCGAAUUCCUCUUCGAGCCCACCAAGCCCCCUCCUCUGGUAACAAUGCAAAGUGUCCUGUACACUUUAUACGCCGCUGCCGGUCUCGGCGCCAGCAUCUACGGCACAAGCGAAUACCUCGUGAAACCAAUGCUCGAAAGCCUCACCAGUGCGCGCCACGAGUUAUCAGAGAAAGCCCAAGAGAAUUUACAAAAGCUAAACGAGAAACUCGAGAAAACCGUUUCUGUAAUUCCACCCCACCUCACAGCCCGAAGAGACAGCGAGGAAGACGAGGAAUCUGAAAGUGUAACCUCCGAUCCGACAGAGUUAUUCCAUCGAGAUAUGGGGACUCAGACUACGCCCGAUGUCUCGGGAUCGUCGUCGCUUGAGUCCGCUACAAAGGAAGAGAAGACUGCAGAUGCGCCGUCUAUCGCGGUGUCGAAUCACAUGAGCCGGUUGGAAUCUAUUAAGUCCCAGUUGAAGGAGAUUGAUGACACUGAGAAGGAAUCGAGUACGUUGGAUGAUGGCUUGCGGUCGAAGAUGACCGAUCUGGGUCAUUAUCUUGAUGGGUUGAUUUAUUCGACUCCGAAUUAUACAGCUGCUGGGAGCUCGUUUGGGCUUUAUACUGGGAGCAACAGUACUGGAGCAGAUGGGAGUUCUGGGGUUCGUAAGGCGGAGGAUGAGGCAAUUGCGAACUUCAAGGCGGAUAUUCGUGGUGUUAAGGGUGCGUUGUUGAGUGCGAGAAACUUCCCUGCUAGUCGGACUGGUCGACUUGGAGGGUUUGCUGGUUCGAGGUAA